GAGAUCUGAUCCCAGCCUCCCAUCAUCUGAUGCUCAUUCAUCCUCCUCCUCCUCUUCCUCCAGCAGGACCUCAAUGAGACGUCGCGAUAACGGACAGCCAAUGUUGUUUCAUCGCUCUCCACCAUGGAUUCAUCUACUGUUCCCCUCUGGAUGCGUAAACUGUGGUCUUUCUCCAACGGUUACUGCCACAUUUAGCCAUAUUGUUUCCGUUUCUGGAGCGCUGUUGUAUUUGGAAUAAAAUAGCGCACAAACCGAAACUGAGGAAAUAGAGGUUGACAAUGAAGCAGCAAUAGAUUUAAAUCUGGAGAUAUCGACAGAUGUCUACAAAGAGGUGGGUUACCAAGGAUUAUUACGGCAGUGGACUGACUGUCAGCGCGUGUGCUACUCUUCUACCUGACCCCAGUGCCCCCUCAAUUUGCUAUGCCCCCCUCCCCGUCCUUUCAGCACAUCCAGUGGAAGGACUGCCCGUCCCUGUAGGAAUGUCUGUUUGGGCCUGGCAUCUGUCUCGUUCCACGGCUGCUCCUACACCUUUUGCCAUUCCACCCCCCAUCAGCUCUCACAGGCUUCUCCAUCAUGAACGAUGAGGUCAAUAGCACUAAUGCACUGGCCUGGCUGGUCUGCUCAGGGGUGUCCAUCCUGGCCAAUGCCUGGGGAAUCCUGAGUGUGAGCGCCAAGCAGAAGAAGUGGAAGCCUCUGGAAUUCCUCAUCUGCACACUGGCUGGGACACACAUUCUCAACAUGGGUAUCCCUAUCACCAUGUAUUGCGUCAUUCAGUUGCGGCGACAGCACUCAAACUAUGAAUGGAACGAAGGACUUUGCAAGGUGUUUGUCUCCACCUUCUACACCCUUACCCUGGUCACCUGCUUCUCCGUCACCUCCCUGUCCUACCACCGCAUGUGGAUGGUCCGCUGGCCUGUCAACUAUAGGUUGAGUAACACCAAAAAGCAGGCUGUCCAUACGGUCAUGGGCAUCUGGAUGGUGUCAUUCAUUCUGUCCACCUUGCCCGCUGUUGGCUGGCAUGAUACCACUGAGCGCUUUUACACCCACGACAACUGUCGCUUCAUUGUGACCGAGAUUGGCUUGGGAUUUGGUGUCUGCUUCCUGUUGCUGAUCAGUGGGAAUGUAGUGAUGGGCGUCAUCUGUAUUGGAAUUGCCCUCUUCCAGACCUUUUCCAUCCAGAUGGGUCAAAACGCGGACAAGAACAAAUUUAACGUGCCCACAAUUGUAGUGGAGGAUGCCCAGGGCAAGAGGCGUUCAUCCAUCGACGGCUCAGAGCCUGUAAAGACGUCGCUGCAGAUCACCUAUCUGAUCAGUGGAAUAGUCUUCAUAUACGACUUUCUAACUGGAUUCCCCAUAUUGGUGGUGAGCUUUGCCAGCCUGAAAUUUGACCGCUCCUAUAGCUGGAUGGUCCUGUGUGUCCUCUGGUGCUCCAUAGCACAAUCAAUCCUGCUCCCCAUGUUCCUGUGGGCUUGCGACCGCUACAGAGCAGACGUCAAGAUGGUCUGGGAGAAAUGUGUGGCCAUCAUGUCCAAUGAUGAAGUGGAUGAAGAAAACAGCCAGGAUGGAGGCAUUCAUCCGGACUUAAUAUUUGACAGACCGUUUGACUAUAGCUCUGCUGGUGAUAUCAUGACGGUAGACCGUAUUGCCAAGUACGAAUUCUCAACCUUAGAAAGGUGUUAUCCAUUGAGGGAGCUUCAGGAAGAUAAAAUGCACUAUUUGCAGGUGCCCCCUACAAGAAGAUACUCCCACGACGAAACCGUCAUGUGGACCACCGGUCAGAUCCCGUCUUACCUGCAUCGCUGGGGCUCCACACAGGACAUCAUUGGCAUCCCGCAAUACAACUCACCACACCACGAGAGACGUCGGAGCAGCCCGGCAUCCUACCACGAGGAGAGCCACCCACACCGCAAAAGGAGGAGAUCCGAGGACACGCAUUCACUCAAGCAGAUUCCACGAGUCAAGCGUCAUGAGGACGAUUUCAAGUGCUUUAGCCGCGACGAAGUGAUUAACUUCAUUGACGAGACGCCACUGGCUAGUCCACUGAGAAGCCCGCGGCGAGCAUCUGCAAUCUCUCUGGUCCCAGAGACCUUUGAGCAGCACGUUGUCUUAUUGCCGCAUUUCCCACUCACACACUUUGAGCGCGAGCCUCAAGUGCUGAGACGCUGCUCUGACCACGGCAAAGGAGCCACGCUAGGCGAGAUCACUCAGGAUCUGCAGAGAAAGACGAAGGGUGGCAACCACUGCAGGAGCGGCAGUGGUGGAAGCUCAGAAAUCAAGGGAUGCCCUGAACACAGGCAGGAUCCCAAGCGUGCAUCAGAGCUUGUUCCGUUGGGACAGGGUGCACGGACAGGGGAUCUGUCUAAUUCAAGUAUUAGGACGGGACAGGGAGAUGCAUCUGCUUGGGUGGACCAGAAGCACCUGCCCAAAGGGGAAAGCGAAGGAAGCACAAAUAACUUUAUAAGCUCACAAUCUGCAUCGUCAGGCUUUAUGACAUCCAUAG